GAAUAAAAUCUUCUGAGCUGCGGCCGUGUGUGGCCUCGCGUUCCUCGUUAUCUCUUCUUCCCCCCACUCGCCUCCUCUUCUCCCCACCUCCAUCCCUCUCCGACUCCGAUCCUCCGUUUCAAACCCUAAUUAUUUUUCUUUGGAUUUCUUUUCGAUCGUUUCUAAGAUUCGGAUAUCUCCAAAGUAAUCGAAGAGGUUUUAAUUUGAACCGACGGAGUGGUGGCUUCUUCUUCUCCAUCGACAGAGAUUCUCCGUUUCUUGGUUUUUUUUCCGAAUGAUUGGAGACCUUAAACUUCUUUGGAGUCGAUGAGAUUUCUUGAUUCGGAUUUCGAGGCGACCGAUGGCUUCUGCGCCGUCUAUGUCUGUUUCUCUGGAGUCCCUGAAUCUCUGUAAGCUUUCUAAAGGAGAAGGAAGUGGGAGUGGGCGGUAUGAAUGCAGUGUGUUGUCCUGUGCUUGGAAGGCGCCGAGGUCUCUGACCGGGUCGCUCGCCAGCACACCUUUUCCCCAGUGCUCGUUGUACCUCCAGGAGGGGCAGGGCGGCAGGAGGAGGAGAUCGUCACGCUAUGUGAACCCCCUGGCCAACUGGAGAUGUGAAAACCAUACUGAUAGCGGCUUGGGUUAUAGAGGAACUGUUGAUCUUGUGCUCUCUGGAAGGUUUACUAGGUCAUGUAUUACCUUUUUCUCUGGCAAAACAUGGAAGCUGAGUUAUUCUUUCUCAUCUUCAGAACCUUCUAAUGCCAUUUCUCCUGAGUCAUUAUGGGAGGAUCUGAAACCAAUUAUUUCAUAUCUUGCACCUGAGGAGUUGAAGUUAGUAAAUGACGCUUUGAAGCUGGCUUUUAUCGCUCACAAUGGUCAAAAACGGCGAAGUGGAGAACCGUUUAUUAUCCAUCCAGUUGAAGUUGCCCGGAUUCUUGGAGAACUUGAGCUGGACUGGGAAUCAGUUGCUGCUGGCUUAUUACAUGACACUGUUGAAGAUACAAAUAUAGUUACAUUUGAGAGAAUAGAAAAGGAGUUUGGUGCUACUGUGCGCCGCAUUGUCGAGGGAGAAACUAAGGUAUCCAAGCUGGGAAAACUUCAGUGCAAAAACACAAACAGUUCAGCAAAAGAUGUAAAAGCUGAUGAUCUAAGGCAAAUGUUUCUUGCCAUGACAGAAGAGGUUCGUGUUAUUAUUGUCAAAUUGGCUGAUCGAUUACAUAAUAUGCGUACUCUUUCACACAUGCCACAGCACAAGCAGUCCAGCAUUGCAUUGGAGACACUGCAGGUGUUCGCCCCCUUAGCAAAGCUUCUAGGAAUGUACCAAAUAAAGUCAGAACUGGAAUAUCUGUCUUUCAUGUAUGCGAACCCCAGUGAUUUUGCUGAGCUCGAGAAAAGAGUUGAAACACUUUAUAAGGAUCAUGAGAAAGAACUAGAAGAGGCAAAGAGGAUUCUGAGGCAAAGAAUUAAGGAGGAUCAGUUUUUAGAUCUUGUGACAGUGGAAACUGAAGUUCGGUCUGUAUGUAAGGAACUAUACAGUAUAUAUAAAGCUGCAUUGAAAUCUAAGAGUUCGAUAAAUGAGGUCAACCAAAUUGCACAGCUUCGUAUCGUUAUAAAGCCAAAAACUUGUAUUGGAGUUGGGCCUUUUUGUAGUGCACAGCAGAUCUGUUACCACGUUCUUGGUCUUGUUCAUGGAAUCUGGACUCCAAUACCUCAAGCUAUGAAGGAUUACAUUGCAACUCCAAAACCUAAUGGCUAUCAAAGUGUUCAUACCACUGUGAUACCAUUUCUGUAUGAGAGCAUGUUCCAUUUGGAAGUUCAGAUAAGAACAGAAGAUAUGGACUUAAUAGCUGAAAGAGGUAUUGCUGCUCACUACAGUGGGAGAGGUGUAGUUUCUGGUAAGGUGGGACAUGGAAUGCCCAGCAGCAGGAAUUCAAAGGGAAAGUCAUUGUGCUUGAACAGUACAGAUAUUGCUCUCAGGAUUGGCUGGCUCAACGCAAUAAGAGAAUGGCAAGAAGAGUUUGUCGGUAACAUGAGUUCUAGGGAGUUUGUGGAUACUAUCAUGCGAGACUUAUUAGGGAGCCGUAUUUUUGUAUUUACACCAAAAGGAGAGAUAAAAAACCUACCAAAAGGAGCUACUGUUAUUGAUUAUGCUUAUAUGAUUCACACUGAAAUUGGCAACAAAAUGGUGGCUGCAAAGGUCAACGGUAAUCUUGUUUCGCCCAUGCAUGUACUUGCUAAUGCUGAAGUUGUUGAGAUAAUCACAUACAAUGCACUAUCAGGCAAAUCUGCUUACCAGAGGCAUCGGCAAUGGUUGCAGCAUGCAAAAACUCGCAGUGCCAGACACAAAAUUAUGAAGUUUUUGAGAGAGCAAGCUGCACGCUCUGCAUCCGAAAUAACUGCAGAUACGGUAAAUAAUUUUGUCGCUGAUCUCGAGGAUGAGAGUGAUUAUGAACAAACAUUUUCCAGCUCUCCCACUAAGGAAAGAAAAUCCAAAUGGGAGAAAAUACUAAUGAACAUGGAAGAAUCAUCUUCGACAAAGCGAAAACUUGAAGAUCUCUUGCACGUUCAAAAUAUUGUUGGCAUAUCUAAGAUCAAUGGGAAGCACAAUGAAUGUAUGCAGGAAAUGAAUCUUAUGGUUAAUGGCAGUUCAGUGGUUCGUGGAGAUGGACUUGCUGAGUUCGUACAUGCUAAUGUACAUGCAUACAAGGAAGUUUUACCUGGUUUAGAAAGCUGGAAAGCCAGCACAAUUGCCUCUUGGCACAAUGUGGAAGGUCAUGCAAUUCAGUGGUUUUGUGUCGUAUGUAUUGAUCGAAAAGGUAUGAUGGCUGAAGUUACGUCAGCAUUGACGGCUGGUGGAAUUACAAUAUGCUCUUGUGUGGCAGAGAUUGACAGAAGAAAAGGAAUGGGUGUCAUGUUGUUUCACUAUGAAGGAACCUAUGACAACCUGGUCAAUGCGUGCUCUAGUGUGGAUGUGAUCCUUGGUGUUCUAGGCUGGUCUACUGGUUGUAGCUGGUCAAGUCCGUUGGAUCACCACAAUUUUCUCGAAUGCUGAUAGAUGGAAGCUGACCUUUAAACUGGGAAGGGGUUCCUUAGUUGUGACAAAGGAGAGUAAAUACUAAAUUUUGUUAUCCAAGGUGGUAUAACGUAGUUUUGUAGCAUGGGUGUUUCAGUUUAUUCAUUCAAACUUGUGAAAAUAAAUCAUCCGCAGCUACUUGAGCUAGUCUGUGGAAUAGGGGAAUGUAAAUAGGUAAAGAGUUAGGAGCUUCGUAAAACAAGCCUCUGCUAUGGUUGUAAAGGCUGCUUUUUGCAAAUAGGGUAAAAUUGACUGUUCAUGUUAAUGUUUAAUUUAAGUUAAUCAUUUUACUCCCUGUCA